AAUGCAGGUACGAGAUCCCCCGUCAGUCUCACGGCGGCGGCGGCGGAUCCAACUCGCACAUGGCCGCGGCUCAGCCCCCAGAAGUAGGACAGAACCCGCGGCAGUCCGUAGUCCCCAGCGGUGGCCCGCUGUCCAAGGAGGCCGAGAUCCUGGCGCUGCUGAAUCGGACCGGGUUCCCAAUGGUCCAAGACAACGGGCAACGGCGCUAUGGUCCCCCUCCAGACUGGCGCGGCGACCCUCCCCAGCGGGGCUGCGAAGUCUUCAUCGGCAAGCUGCCCAGGGACUUCUUCGAAGACGAACUGGUCCCGCUCCUGGAGACCGUGGGACCCAUCUACGAGCUCCGGCUCAUGAUGGACUUUGCGGGCUCGAACCGCGGCUACGCGUUCGCCACGUACACCAACCGGGAGGACGCCAGGAGGGCCGUACGCGAACUGGACGAGAAAGAGAUCCGGCGGGGCAAGCGGAUCGGAGUCUGCAAGUCCACCGACAACUGCCGCCUGUUCGUCGGCGGCAUCCCGAGGACCAAGACGCGGGAGGACGUCUUCAGCGAGAUGUCGCGGGUCACGGAGGGCGUGGUGAACGUCAUCUUGUACACGAGCGUCAUGGACAAGACAAGGAACAGGGGAUUUGCUUUCGUGGAGUACACGGAUCACAAGACGGCCGCCGUGGCCAGGCGCAAGAUGAUUCCGGGCAAAAUGAAGCUCUGGAACGGCCAUGACGUGGCUGUGGACUGGGCCGAGCCAGAGCCGCAGGUCGACGAGGACACCAUGAGCAAGGUGAUGGUGCUCUAUGUCCGCAACCUGGUGCUGAGCACGACGGAGGAUGAACUCAGGGAAGUCUUCUCUCUCAACGGGAGCCUCAAGGUGUCCAAGGUGAAGAAGAUUCGGGACUUUGCCUUCAUCCACUACCGGUCUCGGGAGGAAGCCACCACAGCCUUGGAGGCCAUGCAGAAUGCAGUGCUCAACGGCUCGGUGAUAGAGGUGACGUGGUCCAAGCCAGUUGACCGGAGCCGGAAUCCGAAGUCAAUGCCAAAAUGUCGCUUCUCGGACGUCAGGAGGAGUUACUGCGGGCCCCCGGUCAUGAUGGCUUCCCCAUCGGCUAAUUUUGGCUAUGACUUCUACUCCCUGGGGUCCCCCCGCCUCCCACCCAUCGGCACUGGAAGGCCAGUGGAUUCGUCGAGGGCGCAAAUCCAUGGCCGGGGCAGGGGUGCAGGAGGCGUGCGUGGAUAUCGUCCAAUGCCCGUGAGGAUCACGCCCUUUUACACCAGGACGAUGCAGCAGCCGUUCUUGGUGGACCUUCAGCCUGGCAUGCAGCUCACACCGACACCGCAGCAUGUCAUUUUCAAACCAGCCUUUCAUGCGGUGCAGAUCCUUCUCGACGUGUGCCACAAGAACGGCUGGGGGGAGCCACAGUUCCAGCUCCACACCGUGCCUGUCCCCGGCAGUGAAUCUGGGUCUCCGGACAGCAGCAAUGCACAUAACCAGCUCUACCUGUACAAGGUGACGCUGCCCGACCUGCCAGCAGCGAACAACGCUUUCACGCCAAGCAAGCUGUGUCGCAGCGUCGAGGAAGCCAAGGAUUUCGCAGCGGAGCACGUUCUUGGACAGCUCGGCAUCAGGCCAGAAAUGCCCCAGCCAGACGUGGCCCACCUGACCAGCCCCCUGUACGUGACGGCAGCUCCGAUGGGCAGCGCGGGCUACGGCCCCUACGGCGCCUUCUUGCCUCCAGCCUUCGCGAUGUAUGGAGGCACGCGUCAACCUCACUACGGCUACGAAGCGGCAUACUGAGAAGUUUUUUUAUGAAAAUUGUUUUACCGUUUUGAUGGCGUCGUACAAGACUGGACGCUUUUCACGGUCACAAGACGUGCCUUGGGAGACGGUGACGGCUGUGGCUUCUGCGAGACUUUUUUUACCCCUUUUGUGCUUGUAACCUUUUUUAAAAUUUAUUUUGGAUAGAGCCUUUUAGCUUUAUAUGUCACUUUUAUCUUCCAACUUCUUAUUUCUGCUUUUUUUAUUUAUUGUUUCUAAGAUCCCUGGUGUGGGCUUUCUUUUUUUUUUUUAAGUUCUCUUACAUUCCAUGUUUUUCUUGAAGUUCUUUUGGAAGACCUGUGCCCAUUGCUGUUUUCUUUCUUUGGCUUUCUCACAAGUUGGACACAAGCUCGUUUAAACUAAACCAUGUUAUAUUGACUCUGUGUUUUGCAAACGGAGAAAGCACCUGUUCUCCUGCCGAAAAAAAGAAAAAAAAAAAAAAGAAAGAUGCAAAAAACCUUUUGCCCAAUUUACCAGCGCCCACUCUAAAGUUUGCUUCAACGUCUGCGAGUUAAAUUUGUUUCUGAGCAUGCAGAGUUGCAGUGAUUGGGCUGUACAAAAAGAGGCCAGCGAAUUGCAAAAAAUAUCUAAUGUCUAAACAUUGAAGAAAAAAAAAAAGGACUUGUGCAAUUAUGGCGCACUUACUGGUCAAAUCGGGUGCACCACAGCCAUUGAUUCUCUGUAUCUUGGCUGGGUUUGCCAAAAGAAUUAGUACUUAUUUUUGAAUAGAGACCAGAAGUGCUGUUUGCUCUGCGCAUCGUUUUCCGUUCUUGGCCGUUUUUCGGAGUGCCGUGGCAUCUCGGUCUAUGCCCUGUUUUGGCACCAGGGUUGUUGGGCUGUUGGUUCAGCCGAGGGUGAGUUUUGUCUAGUCACUUCAGCCUACAAGUGCAAGAGUGCCUCCUUUCUGGUGUCGACUCUUCCUCGUUCUCGUGUCUUAUUCCUUUGGAGAGUUUUUCUUGCGAGUUGUCUCGUUGCAAUACAUUCCAGCCGCUUUUUGGAACUCUUUGCCGCCUUUUCGCUAAGAGUGUUUCUCUGUUCGUCAACUAUGUGGUUUUUCUUUUUUUACUUUGUGUUGUGCACGCGGGCAAUGCAGUGCUUCCUUCAGGCCAAAGCCAUACCCUGUUUCGUCCCAGGUCCGACCACAGCCACCGUUACGACCCGAUGGACCCAAUUGCGCAGCGUCCAAAGUGUGUCCUCACUGCUAAACCAAUCGCACACAUAAAUGUGCCUCGACCCUGCGGUUUUUCUUGCGCGCAAUUGGUUUAGCCAAUGAUGGCAAGCCCAAAAACACAACGAGUGACGUGAUGAUACGCUCUUGGCACUGCGUGAUCAGCUCUGUCGGAUCGAAGCGACAGCUGCGGACAGACUUGGGCUGAAACGGAGUGUAGUAUUGGGGCUUUGUAAGGAGAGAAAAUGUUACUUUUCUACCUUCAAGGGGUGUGCAAAGAGGUGGAGUACUAUGUUUCUGAAAUGUCCCAAUGUUUUGGGCUGCUGAAAAAAGACUUCUCUAAAAACAUACUUUUUUCCCGCUUUGUGUUUCGAACAUACAUUUUUUUUUUGUAAGGUUUUGCCACUGAAGUCUGAACAGUGCUUGAGGGCACUUUUUCACAAUGUCACGAAGAGAAAAACCGGGGCAAAAUGUGCAACUCCGGGAGUCUCUUAACAAAUGUGCAAUUACAUGCGCCCGUGUGCAGUUGUACCUAUUCUCAUGCACGUGUACGGGGUGUGGCUGUAAAAAUGUUCGCUUGGACGUCGCGGUUGAUACAAGCUGGCAUGUUUUUAUUCUGGAAAGAUCUCUGUAUGUAAGGACCCUCCACUACAUCAUUUAUUCGUGUUCCUAUUUACUUAUGCAGAACUUAACAUUCAAUGUCCGUCUCAUUUUGGACAGACCCAAGGAUAUAUUUGCGAAGGAAAGUAUUGUCGAUAACAGCUCGUUAAGCUAGCCAUCCUAACUAAUGAGCUGUAACUUUUUUUACGUAAAUGUCGGCAUUUUUUUUUCAAUGGGUUUUCUUUAGAAAAAGAAUUUUAAAUGGGUGGAUUUUUUAUUUUUUAGUUCCGUUACUCUACUUGAGCUUCAGGGAAAUCUUUGAGAUAAUCUACUGUGAAGCAUUCUCUGCUUGUCUUGGUCUUGGUGAAAGCUUUUGCGAGUUGAGCUAUGCAUUGAAUGUUCUUACAGCCAUGCCCAAUGCAUACAAAUACUCUGGUGACACUACCCACUUACUGAACUAUUCUACUGUGUUACAUGCAUGUGUUGGCAAUUCAGGGCACUAAGGAUAGAUUCAUGGGCAGGGUUAUUCGAGGCAUUUAGAAAAUAAUCCCUUUAAAUAGCAACUAUAAAUUAAAAAGUGAUUAAUUCCAAUGAACAACGUUAAUUCUAAUUAAUUACCUAUGGCAAAGAAAAUCAAGAUCAGUUUGAAAUUGGAAUGUAUGCUGAAGCAUUCUUCAGUCUCUUAAAUUUGUAAGUUUAGUGACGCCUAUUCUGCAUUAUGGAUUGAUAGAAAUGAUAUGUUUUUAAUGGUAGUAAAAGGUUGAAAUCAGCAUGAAAUAGUCAAAUACAAACGAGUCUUUUUGUGCCACUGUGAUACAUAUUGGGACACGGAAGACUACACAGGUCAUCAUUUUAUGGAAUUAGGCAUUAUCUAGAUAAUUCCCUUGACAGCUGUUUUGUGGAACAGAUGGCUUAUUUAUUCUGCUUUCUAUAGAAGAACAUGCAACAUGGGAAAAUGCAAUAUUUUGUUUUUCAAAAUGGGUAAGGGCAAACCGAAAACAUAAGCAAAUUAAGUUGGAAAGGGUCUGUAAUCCACACACUGAAGAUUUAAAAUGAUCUUUAUUUCUUUAUGUAAUCCUUCGUGUUCUUUGCUGAAGUUUAUUGAGCUGUGAAAUGGGCUCAAAGCUUGUUCAUCCCAUUUUGGCAUGUAGGCUUUUGUUUAAUCCCCUAUAAUCUGCAAAAGCCUUCGCCUGAUGUGCUACGAGAAAUUAGCACCUAACGGGAAUGUGUAAUCAAUUGUUUCUCGGGACAUUUGAAUAAAGUUUCAGAUUAUUUAAAUUA